UCGCUCAGGGGCUUCCAGUCUGAGCAAGCACCCCUGCCUGAUGCGCGCACGGGCUACAGAGGGGGGUUUGCAGUCUGCGAAGGCAAGUGUCACCAUGAUCAACCUUAUAUGGGGUGGAUCCUUAUACUGCGUGGCUGCAUAAAUCAUAACUUCAGGAUGAAGACGUGAUCACAGCGCGUUCGGCAUCAUUAUCAGCAUCGGAAUAACCAUUUAUUUUUCACGCACACUGUGGACUCGGGCACCGCUGCAGAGGUGCUAGACUGGUAGGCGGGGGCAGGAGCUGAGGACAAAGAUAUUUAUGCUAUUAAUAAAUCUGAUAAUGAAGCGUAGAAAGAUUAUGGUCGCGGCAGGCUUUUGCCUUUCAUUUUUUCUAGGUACUCUUAUGAAUUUGCUCUAUAUACCAGGAUUUGAGCACCACCAAAACCGAAAUAGAGCACAUCGGUACUACCACGAAAAACAGCAACGGGUUACGGGCGACUUUCAGCUUCACCUCGGUGAACCAGUCACCGAGACGGCCGCUGAGCCUAACAGUAAAUCCAACACAGGAAGCCUCCACGAUCUCCAGCUGCAAAUACAAGAAAGGUUCGACGAGGUUGUCCAGUACCGUCGGCGCCAAGCACAUGUGCCGGGCACUGGAAACCCAGUCCGCCCGCUGGAGCGUAGAAGAUUGAUGGAUUUAGAGCCAGGGCACAGUUGGGACCCUGUCAAAGUCAUUGAUAGAAUUGAUAACCGACAGACCCGUUUUCAAAAUCGACUUUCUCCGUCGACAUACCUUCACGUGAAAUCACAGAAAGAUUUUUCAAUUUAUUCAAGGAGCAUUAACGGUACACUGAUGCUUGGCUGCAGCAGCAUUGACAACGUGACUAAUGUGCAGUACCUUGGUUCAGGCUACACAAAGGCUGUGUACAAAGCAGCUCUUAACAGCAGCUUCUCAGUGGCUCUGAAAUCUGUUGAUUUUGGGGGACAUGAUAUGGAAAAUUGCGUAAAGAAAUAUGGCUCACAAGGAGACUGCUACAAACUUGCCUCCUUCAAAAUAGUGAAAGAGAUGACGCUGAUGGAGAGGUUGCAACAUCCCAAUAUUUUAAAGCUGUAUGGCUACUGCUACCAGGACAGCAAUGACAUUCAGGACACGGUGACGGCCAUCACUGAGCUGGGCAGUCCUCUGGAGAUGAUCCAGCUGCUCCAGACCUCCUGGGAGGAACGCUUCAGGAUCUGUCUGAGUCUGGUGCGUCUGCUCCACUACCUGGCCCACUCUCCUCUGGGCUCCGUCACCCUGCUGGACUUCAGGCCGCGCCAGUUUGUUCUGGUGGCGGGGGAGCUCAAGGUCACAGACCUGGAUGAUGCCAGCACAGAGGAGGCCCCCUGCUCCCCCUUCUCACCCUCCGACUGCGUCAUGGAGUUUCCCGCCCGCAACUUCACCCUCCCCUGCAACAGAGGGCGCUGUGUUGGCAUCAAUGAGAAAAGGAACUUGUACAAUGCAUACAGGUUCUUUUUCACAUACCUACUGCCUCACAGUGCCCCGCCCGCACUAAGACCCUUACUGGACAAGAUAGUCAACUCUACAGGGGAGCUGGUCUGGGGGAUGGAUGAGACACUGGUCCAGCUGGAGAAUGUGUUGCACCAGUACAGAAACGGGUUAUAUCUGCAGAACAACACUCAGGCACACAGAGCUGACUACAAGCGCGUGGCGGACGCCUCCAUCCCCGGGGAGAACUACCGCUGCUGGCCGUCCUAUGAACACGAAGGAUGUCUGCUGUCAGUGUUCAGCGUCACAGAGGCUAUUGGUGUGUGUGAAAGCCAUGCCAAGUGCAGGGCAUUCGUUCUGACCAAUCAGACCACCUGGACAGGCCACCAGCUUGUGCACUUCAAGACGGGGACUGCCAGCCUAAUCUCUGCCAAGGGACGCAUCGCCUACAUCAGAGUGGGCAGCUGAAACGAAGGAGGGGGAGGAGACUUGAGAACUCAUCCGGCCUCCUAUAGGCUCAUCUGCUCCAGGGCCAAGCCCACUCAGUGUAAUAAAGCAUCCCAUUGGUUGGAUAGGAAGACCAAAAGGAGUGGAGGAUGGAUGCUAAACCACGCCUACCUGUACAAGCACAGAGGACCCAAGUCUCAGUAUGUUGUCGCAAUAACGCUUUGACAACGUUGUUGUGACAACUUUAGAAUGCUCCGUCCAUCUCUACAAGAAAGCAUUUAUGUGUUUUUCUUCAAAGGAAUGUUAUUAAGUGCAUUGGCUUAUUGCUCAGGUGAUUGUGAAGUUGCCUCUCUAGCUAAGUAUACAAAGACUCAAAACUACAAAUCCCAAACUACCUAAAUGUGCAGUGGUGUCAGCAAGAGGUACAUGAAUGAUUGUUUGGAUUUCUAGGAUACCUCUCUAUCUAAAUCCAUAAUCGAACAAGCAUUAGACUACUACCUAUUCAGGUAGGUAGACUACUACCUACCCAAUGAAUGUCUUACCCCCAAAAAAACUAAACAAGGGCUCAUUCUACCCCGUCUUUUGAAUUCUUAAAACUAUUCAGCACUUUUUCCCCAAAAAAAUCCAACAGUGUUUAAUUUCUCUCCCUGCUUUGAAAAAGCAAGUCAGGAAAUAAGAUUUCAAAUCUGAAACAUCUAAAACACCAAAAAUGGAAGAUGACACUGACAUGGUUGUGAUCUUUUACAGUGAAAAGGGGCUUUGGUGCUUGUGGAUUAAGCAUUUUAGACCAAAUGUAAUGUUGUAUUGUGAGCUGGGUGAGUGGUUGAUCAUGUAUUUAUUUAAGAGAGUGUGUGUUGGCUAAAGUCCCAUCACCAGUUGCUAAGGCAGGAAAUAAUCUCUCCAUGUUGAUUUCCUAUGGAAAUAUGAAUUGAUGCUUAGAUAACCAGAAAAAAAUCAAAGAGUAUGGGUAUUAUUGCUUUCAAUGAAAGCACACUCAGUGAAAAACGAAUAAAUCAACAGUGAAUUCAACUAAAUGUACAAAAGCGAUCUGAUUUUGUGUUUGUUGUUCAUGGUGAUGGUUGAUGUACAUAAACAAAGCGCAAUGCGAUUGUUAUUUUUUUAUGAAAACUAAAAUAAAACCUUGUGAGACGUGUGGAAUCUA